AUGGACCGGGGCGUGGUGAUCUUGGACAUCGCCUAUUGCAUCCCCGAGGAUAGCGGCUCCUACGUCUGCGUGGCUACGAACAAAUCUGGACGCUGCGAAAGCGGCUCUGUCGGUAUUUCGUGUGAAGCCGAUGCACGCAUCGUCACCAAGUCGAACCUGACAGAAAAUUCGAUCAGUCACUUGCUGAAACUUGAAGAACCAGGGGACGAGUUCUCGCAGUAA